CCUCUUUGCUUUCCCCUACAACUUACUGGCUCCAGAGCUCCAAGAGGUCGCAUGUCACAGAGGAAUCCAUCGAAACAGGAAAGAGAGCUUCCUCGGUCUGGCUUCAAACACUCAAAAACCUGUUUCCUCUCUCCGCCACAAAUAAAAUCCCCAACCGGGGAUUCACUGCAGGUUUAUUGUGAAAGCAGCGGCUUUGAGACAGGGAAGCGUCCAGAGUCUUCUAUAUGAGAGAGUCGCUGCGAAGUUCUCACAAGCCAAGAGAAUGAGGGAGGUAUUCUUGCUGCUGAGCUUGCUGGCCUUGGGAUGCAGCAGUUCAGAAGCCGAUGCAACCAGCACACCUGCGGUGGAGAGUGAAGUGGAGAGCAGCCACCUGGGCUUGACUUCAACUGAAACGCAGGACCUCAGAAACAUAUUGGCAACCUCCCUGCCUCCUACUUUGGAGAAGCCGGCUGCUUUGCUGAAUGCAAGCCAAGAGGAAGGUGUAAAGCACAGUUCUCCUCUAGCCACGAAGGAGGCACAGGGAUUGCAAACUCCAGCAGAGCAGAAGACACCCUUGGCCCUUACGAUAACUCCUAGCCCAGGGAAUAACAGUGACAGCGGCUCUCCCAAUGGGAAGCGAUUCAUCCUGCCUAGCAAUGCAGCGGUUCCUCCACAAUACCAUCCUUGGAAUCGCCUUCCUCCAAAGGAUGUUUCUGGGGGAAACCAAGGGACUAUGGUGAGCAGGUCUUCCAGGCACUCAGACGAUAGCAGCAAGCAGAAUGCAGAUCUCAAAAAGCCCAGCUUCGAGACCACCAGAGGAAAGAACUGGUGCGCCUACGUUCACACAAGACUCCAGCCCACCAUCGUGGUUGACAACAUAGAAACGUAUGCAUCGGGCAGAGCCAAGCCAUGCACCUGGAUUGCAGGACCCUGCGGAUCAAGCUCCCAGUCAAGGACUCGCCAAGCUUACAGGGUCAAACAUAUGAUAGUGACAUCACUGGACUGGAAGUGCUGCCCCGGAUACAGCGGAGCAACAUGCCAGCCCAAAGCCCAACAGGAUCAAUUGCUUCUACACAGCAACCAAGCAGAGAGCAACGCAGCUGUCGGCGGGGGGACACCAGGGAGCCCAGAGCAGCAGCAGCAGCAGGAUCCCAGCGACCCAGCAGUUGCGCAAAAAAUGAAUGAGCAGAUUAGCAGCCAGGAGAUGAGACUGACUUUGCUACAGAAGAAGGUUGACAACAUUUCUGCCGUCGUGAGUGAUGUGAGCGAGACACUCUCCUCUCUGGAAGGCAAAAUCAAUGAAGAUAAGGGCAGAGACUUCCAGGCUUUUCUAAAAGAUCUCAAGUCCAAAAGCAUUGCUGAGCUAGUGAAAGAAAUUGUAAGAGAGCAGGUAAAAGCAUCCCAGAGUGAAACACAAGAGACAGUGGCCCAGAUUUUCAAGAUUACGUCUGGUCUGUCUGCAGAUCUUGAGAACAUCAAACAAAUGAUCAAAAGCUUGAAUGCUUCUCACCACAAAGUGGCUGCGGAGAUAGAAAGCAGGCCCACGAGGGUAGAAAUCCUAGAUAUAAGGACCCAGAUCCUCCAUAUUGAAGAGGAUAUAAGCAUUACAUGUGAGAAGCCAAUCGAAGACCUGCAGGAACAUCAGAGGUCUAUAGAGGCAGCCUUGGAGCACCAAAGUUCAAAAAGCAACAUAUACUAUGAAUCUCUGAACAAGACUCUGACUCAAAUGAAAGAAGUGCAUGAGCAGCUGUUGACAGCUGAACGGAUCUCAGACCAGAACAUCCCAACAACAGGUAACUCAAUAACCGAUAAUCUUACAGAUUACAUGGUUGGUCUUCACGAGAAAGUGAAAACACAGAGUCUGAUGGUUCUGCAGCUCUAUGAUGACCUCAGAGUCCAAGACAGCAAGAUCAGUAAUCUCACCGUAGCGUUGGAGAUCCAGAGAGAUAACUUACAUGGAGAGUGCAGCAGCAUAUUGUCCAAAUGCCGCCGGGACUUCCAAACACGACUGAAGGGCAUGGAAGAGAAUAUGCACUCCUUAAAUAAAAGCAUGGAGAACCUUGUGUUUCCCUUGGAUGAUAAGAUGGACAAGAUGAACGAGCAAAUUAACGACCUCUGUUAUGAUAUGGAGAUCCUCCAGCCCUUGAUUGAGCAAGGGGUUCCCUUCAGCCUUACAUCAGAAUAUGAGCAACAGAUUGCAACGGAAGCUAUAAGCAAAAAGCUGGAAAAUUUAACCAGUGUUGUGGCAGGACUAAGUUCGACCACUGAAGAACUCAUCAAAAGCAAGAAGGAGCUUAAAGAUGAGGCUCAGGCUUACAAUGAAAUCUCUGAGAGGCGUAUUAAUGAAUGUUUCAUUUUAAUGGAGGAUGGCUUAAACAAGACCAUGAUGGUUAUCAACAGUGCCAUUGAUACGAUCCAGGAUAACUAUGUGCUCAAAGAAACAUUGAGUACCAUGAAGAAUGAAACGAAGGCCUGCUGUAGUAGCACUGAGAAGAUGGAAAGCAUAUUGACAUUAAUACCUCGGUUUCAAGAGAUGAAUGAAUCCUUUCAGGUGCUAGUCAAUGAGAACAGGAAAGGGGGCUUUACUUCAAACGCCAUCCAUUCUUCUUCUUCAUCUGGUGAUCUCAGCACAGUUCACCAUAAUCUAAAUGCAACAUUAAACCUUCAAGAGCAACAUCAUGACAUUGGCCACCUGGAUGGAAAGGGGUCACGCUCCACUCAGAAAAAUGAAGAUUAUGAAGGUCGCCUGGCAGCAGUGGAAACAAAAAUAACCAAGUUUUUAGCAAACAACUGCGUCACAGUAAGAAACAUCAAAGCUGCUUCCACGGAAAAGGAUAAAGUGGUCUCUCUUCAGGUUCAGGCCUUGAGUUCCAGAAUCAGGGCGCUAGAAGCCAAAUCCAUACGCUUCUCUGUGACCAUCCCUGUGUUAAACAAGACUGCCUAUGAAGCACGGAGCUUGUGUGAGGUUGUCUCCGGGAGCCUGAAGGGAAUGAAUGCCAGCAUCCCCAGGUUAGUGAAAGCUGCUCAUCCAGACAACUUGCUAUUUCAGAAAGGCUUGCAAGAGCUCACCGAAUCCAUGCUGGAGGUCAAAGCAGGAACAAUCCUAUCCAAUCUAACCUGGUAUGUAGACAAGUCCCUAGAUGGGGCAGUGGAUGCUAUUACCAAACGUCUGAAGGCAACUCCUCCCAUUUCUAAAAAGCCACCGCCAGUGAAAAAGAUCCCAGUGGGCACAACCGCAAACCAGGCUGGACGAAUGCAGAGAAACACAGACACUGCUUCAGAAGCAGGUGAUUAUCUGAGCUGCAGCAGCUCCCCGUGCCAAAAUGGGGGGACCUGUGUCAAUGAGAGGAAGAGCUUUGUCUGCGCUUGCCGUUAUCCUUUCGGAGGAGCCAACUGCAGCACGAAGAUGGUGGCGGAAAAUGCUCCUGCAAGUAUAGAUUUUGCAAAAGGAUCUUACAGAUAUGCACCAAUGGUGGCCUUUUUUGCUUCGCACACCUACGGAAUGAAUACUCCUGGCCCUAUUCGAUUUAACAAUCUGGAUGUCAACUAUGGGUCUUCCUAUGUCCCAGCAAAUGGAAGGUUCCGUGUGCCUUACCUUGGCAUUUAUGUCUUUGAAUACACCAUUGAAUCAAACAGCCCGCUCCUCUCAGGCUACCUAGUGGUCGACGGAAUAGACAAGCUGGGCUUUCGGUCUGAAAACACAAAGGAGAACAAAUACCUGGAGAGAGUGGUUACUGGAGAUGCCCUACUGGAACUGAACUAUGGGCAAGAAGUCUGGCUCAGGCUGGCAACAGGCUCUAUCCCAGCCAAGUACCCACCUGUAACUACAUUUACUGGCUACAUAUUGUACCGCACAUAAAUUCAAUUCUAUAGAAAAGCGGUCACCCACAAUGGAAACUCUUCUCCUUUGCUUCUAAGCUCAUUCCACACAAUAAAAAUAACUUUUGUUUGAGGUUGCCAUCUUUUCUUUUAACAGCUGCAUGAUAGGCAGAAACGAGACAUGGAACCUCUUUCCCGAAUCAGCAUCUUUGUGCUGUAGAAAGCAACAUUCUGCCUGCCACACAGAUGUUAAAAGCAGGGGAGGCCUCGUGGAAAAUAGGUGGUGACGCCCACCUCGUCAGAUAGUUACCUGAAUGUCGAAUUUUGAAAACAGCCAGCUGUCCCAUUGCACCUUUGAUUGGCAAAAUGGAGUUAUUUGUAAAUAGGUAUCCCAUAUUUCUAGGCACCCCAUCAGCUGAAUGUCCAUUAUUUUUAUGCAGCUAUUUUGCACCAGUAUAAAAGAAACGUACAAGAAGUUAUGCAUGUUAUCACCAUUGUUUAAGUGAAUUUGAUUUCAGUCACUUUUAGGAUUCGUGUGACGCAGUGUACAAUAGUGGCUGGGGGGGGGCAGACAUACACUAAGUUUUUAGGGACCAGGUGCCUCUGAAUGCAUGCUUAACUCUGGAACUGAGCUUUACUGCCCUGUCACACAAGGAUCCACUCCUGGAUUCCCUCCCAUUUUUCUUCAAUUUAGCCUUGUGCACUUCAGGGUCUGGAAAGCUUUUUUGUUGCUGCUCUUGUCAAGCUACUGAGAUUCCAAAACACAUGUAGUGUCUACUGCAAAUCACUCAGUAGAUUCCUUCUGCCCACCCUGUCCUGGCAUAGCCAUUUGCUCAUGUACUAGAAAGAUCAUGAUGACACCAUUUUCCCUUUGGGGAGGAAGCUGCUGGGAUGGCGGGUGCUAUCGAGCUGGGAAGGGCACCACCUUUGGGAUCGGAAUGGUCACAUAAACAGACCAGCAGAAUGGGACUGCAUCACUGGGAGCCUUUCCCAACCCAAUGGGUCUACUUCUGUGAAAGGGGCCUGCACAGGAAGCUCCUAAGCAUUUGAAUCCCGGAUCCAAAAUGGCCAGGUUUCAUUAGGUUUCACUCUUCAGUUGGUUACAUAGAAUACUUAGUUGAAGAAGCAAUGUGCACAUAGGCCGAAUAAAACAAUGCCUGCAUAUAUACUCAAUUGGCUUCCAUUUAGUCUCACAUAUUUACCACCACCACCCUUUCAUUUUUGUUUGUUCAUACCAAAAUUUGUAGCUGGUCAGACAUGUAAGGUAUUCACAUUUUACCUCAAAAAGAUUCCAUUUAAACAGCAGAAUUCCAGGAAGUGUAACUUCUCUGUAAUUGCGAACUUCCUAUAAUAAAUUGUGCGGCACACACUGAACAGAUUAAGCCAGAAUCAAUCAGAGCACUAAAAGAAGUGUGAUGCUAUGAGGCAACUGAAUGAAAGUAGUCAGGGCCUGGCCAAGACAUUUUGCUGCCUGAGGCGAAGAACAAGAGAGUGCCCGCUCCCUGGUCCAUGUGCAAAAGCCAGCCGGGCUGCCACUUGAACCUUAACACUGGUGAUGGAAUAGUGUCAUCCCAUGCCGCCUGCCCAGCACCUCUUUCUUAAGGGGUACACUUUCUUCUGCCUAACAGUAGGGCCGGCCCUGAGGGUAGUUUCUAAUGCUUUAAAAAUAGCAGCAAUAACUGUUGAGGUGGGAAUAUAUAUAUAGCGCCUAUUUCAAGGGAGUUAUAUGGUUUACGCAGUACACCACUCACAGGGGAGAGCUUUGAUGAAAACCUGAUCAACAAUCCAUAUAUUUAAUCUGCGGCUAGUAAAUUAGACAAUUAAUAGCACCAGUUAAGGGGUUAACACAUUCAUCCCCCUCACUUCCUGCUGGGUCAUAUUCACUGAUAAUGAAUCCAUGAUGCCUAAAAUGUUAGGCAAAAAAAAAAAAAGUGGGUGGGAGACUGCGGCAAGAGAACUGUAUAUUAUUUACAA